AGGGAGGGAGUGAGUGUUCGUCGGCAGACAGUCAGUCAGGAGGACCGGAGUCCCAGCGGCAGUUCAGGAGCCUCUGAGCGGGGGAGAGAAGAUAAAAAAAACCGCGUCCACAAUACGGGAGAGAAGUCAACCAGGGGGGAAUCCGACAUGAGUUGGGGAACGGAGCUCUGGGACCAGUUUGAUAAUGUGGACAAACACACACAGUGGGGGAUCGAUUUUGUGGAGCGCUAUGCAAAGUUUGUCAAGGAGAGGCUGGACAUCGAGCAGAACUAUGCCAAGCAGCUACGGAACCUGGUAAAGAAAUACUGUCCAAAACGCCCGAAGGAUGAGGAGCCGAGGUUCACAUCGUGUCUGUCGUUCUACUCCGUACUAAACGAGCUCAACGACUAUGCCGGUCAGAGGGAGGUGGUGGCGGAGGAGAUGGCCCACAAGGUGUACGGCGAGCUGAUGAGGUACAGCCAAGACCUCAAAGCCGAGAGGAAGCACCAUCUACAGGAGGGCAGGAAGGCCCAGCAGUACUUGGAUCAUUGCUGGAAGCAGAUGGACAACAGUAAAAAGAAGUUUGAGAGAGAGUGUAAAGAAGCGGAGAAAUCCCAGUUGACCUACGAUCGGUUGGACAACGACAUCAACGCCACCAAAUCCGAAGUGGAGAAGGCCAAAGCCCAGUUCUACCUGCGGACCCACAUGGCCGACGAGAGUAAGAACGAGUACGCCGCCCAGCUACAGAACUUCAACGCGGAGCAGUGGAAACAUUUCAACAACGCCCUACCACACAUCUUCAAGAAUCUGCAGGACAUGGACGAGCGUCGGACGGUGAAGCUCGGCGAGACGUUCCGGAGCUUUGCGGAGGCCGAGCGGCGAGUCGUUCCCAUCAUCUCCAAAUGUCUAGAAGGAAUGGUUUCUGCCGCCAAGGCUGUCAGUGAGCGAAAGGAUUCGGCCAUUGUCGUAGAGUCGUUCAAGUCCGGCUUCGAGCCGCCGGGCGACUUCCCCUUCGAGGACUUCAGCCAGAACCUGAGUCGAACGGGUUCGGACGGGACCAUCAGCAACACCACGCCCAAAGGGGAGCGAGACAAAGACGGGGGCCCGGCGCCGCGGUCGGACCCAAAGCACCCGAUGAGCAGGACCAAGAACAAGCUGUGGCUGUUUGGGAAGAAACCAAAGGCGCCGUCUCUGGAGGACUUUAGUCACUUGCCCCCCGAGCAGAGGAGGAAGAGGCUGCAGCAGAGGAUCGACGAACUCAACAAAGAGCUGCAGAAGGAGAUGGAUCAGAGAGAUGCCCUGAACAAGAUGAAGGACGUGUACGAGAAAAACCCCCAGAUGGGAGACCCCAUCAGCCUGCAGCCGAAAAUAUCCGAGACCAUUUGUAACAUGGAGAAACUGCGCUCGGAAAUCCACAAAAACGAGACUUGGUUAUCUGAGGUGGAGGGAAAGCAGAGCUCCAGAGGAGACCGACGACACAGCGCCGACAAUCACCAUCACACGCCUCAAGGCAGAGAAAGUCCCGAGGGCAGUUACACGGACGACACCAGUCAGGAGCAUCACACGCCUCAGCACCGGCCCAGUCCCUCGCAGCCCACCAACCCCAACCCCGACCCGCACGAGUUCGACGACGAGUUCGACGACGACGACCCGCUGCCCGUCAUCGGUCACUGCAAAGCGAUGUACUCCUUUGACGGUCAGAACGAGGGGACGCUUGUGAUGGCAGAAGACGAGGUGCUGUACAUCAUCGAGGAGGACAAAGGCGACGGCUGGACGAGGGCGAGGAAGCAGAGCGGCGAGGAGGGCUACGUCCCCACCUCCUACGUAGAAAUCACCAUGGAGAAGAACAGCAAAGGUGCCGUCACCUACAUCUGAAGCCACUCUGUCCUCUGUCAUUCUCUCCAUCCCUCCGCUCUCCCUUCCUCCACAUCACACUACAAAAGGAAAAAAAAAAACACAGACUGCAUCCGAACACACCGCAUGGACGUUCACCUCUGUUCCCCCUUUUCCACGUUUCCAUCCCGUCUGUUCGUCCCCUCGGGUCUCUCUCUCUCUAAUCGUUCGUCCUCCUCGUGUGUGUGGAACUGUGUCCGAGGUGAGUGUCUGAGCGCAAAGACGGAAGAGGGGGGAGAAGCUGCUCAAUGGAGUUUUAAGUGAUGUUUAUUUUGUGUUUGAGGCAUUUCUCUGGGGGUGUGUGUGUGUGUGUGUGUGUGUGUGUGUGUGUGUGUGUGUGUGUGUGUGUGUGUGUGUGUGUGUGUGUGUGUGUGUGUGUGUGUGUGUGUGUGUGUGUGUGUGUGUGUGUGUGUGUGUGACCCUGCUGUUCUUGAGCCUCGUGUCGAGGCUGCACCGCAUCUUGUCGAUCAAAGUGUUUAAGAUUGUUUUAAUGUAAUAUAUUAGGAGCAAUUUAUUUUUUGUUAUUUUUACCCCCUCCUUUAAUUAUGGUCUGAUUUUUAAGCUCUUUGGAUUCGUGUGUCGACAUAAUUUGAAGCGGAAGAUUUUAUGUUCUUAUUUCGGUUCUGAUUGCAGUUUGUGUGUUUGUUUGCGUACGUGUUUUUUUUUCUGUGUCUUCAGUGCCAUCACACUAAACGUGGCAUCACACACUCGCAGAGGUUCGUCUGGUUUCAUCCUCAGUGUGGUUUUAUCCUCAGUGCAGUUUUUUUUCUUACAGGAUCCAAAUACAGAAAGAGAAGUUUUCACAUUUUUACAACAUGUUCAAGUCUUUUGAGAUUCAGAGCAGAGCUGAAAACACCAACACCAACAAUGUUUUCCUCCGAUCUUUCCUUCCCUGUGUGUGGCUCUGAGGCUCAUUCUCCCUGAGACGUAAAUCUUUAAAAAUGUAUAUUUCAGAUUUUCUUUUAAAUCUCUAAUUUAAAAAAAUAAAUAGCUGAACUUCACAAAAACUGUGACAAACAUUUGGUGAUAUUUUGAGGCAACUUUUCUAGCAACUUCGAACAUGUAUACUUCAAAUUGCCAAAUCCAAAAUAUACCAAUAAAAUAACAGAAAAUAUUCAAACCUUUUUAACCUUUCUAUUGCUUAAUUAAUUAUAUGGUGAUAUGUUUAUUUUCCAUUUAGUUUAUUUAAAUUACACAUUUUAUUUUUGUUGAAAAUUCAGUCAAAAAAUUUAAGUUAAAAUUCAGCAUAAGUCAAAAAGUUUUUCAAAUAUUUUUACAUGACUUGAAUGGCAGUUCUCACAAAUUUAAUUUCUACCAAGAGAAUUUAAAUACAAAAUAAAUAAAACAAUUUUGUAAGGUGUUCAUUUUUUUGGGACAAAAUAAUGGAGCUCUUUGGCAAAAAGGAAAAAGAUACAUCAGCGUUUGGAUAAACGGGUUAUACUUGUUAGUAGGAUAGAUUGAUUGUUGGUUUUGGUCUUUUCAUGGCAUUUGGAGUUGGAUCAUUCCAAGAAUCUAAAUCUACCCACUCGAGAAUCAUCUCCUGUGAAGACUGGUUCGAAAAAAUAUGUAAAAAUAAGGCAAAGUAUAGUAUGAAAAUGGUUUCAGUUGAGUUUCUUACAGGAUUGUUAUAAUUCCAAUUGACACAUUAUGUCUUUUAUGUUUUCUUUCACUCAUAUGCUGGUUAUUACUUGCUCAUCGUUUGAGUCACUGAUUAAAAGCAGCUCUGACACUCAUAGUUUCCGUUGGCGUCCGUGAUGAUGUGAAUCGGUGAAGCAGGUGUGUCGCAGUAUCUGUGCCUGCUGAACAUUAUUCAUAUUAAAGUAAAGUAUCAUUGUCUCGUUACAGUGCAGAAGAUUUAAAUCUGAACGGAACAGUUCGAUUUCUCACAUUCACUCCGAAUUAAUGACGUACUGCAUUCAAGUACCAGCCUGUUCAACUUUCAUAAGCAGCAUAUAGACAGUUAGUAAAUGGUCUAUAACACAACGAGGUGGUUAUGUAAUGCAGAAAUUAGUUUGUAAGUAUUUGUAAACAAACUAACUCCUCACGUCCGACACUCGUAAGUGGAGGCUGCUGUAUAAACGGAUAAUGAGAGAUUUAUAUAUAAGAGAAGAAGAAAGACCAAGCUAAUAAAAGUGUUUUCUUAUAUCAUAACUAACUAUACACACUGUUUAAUAAUUGUUUUAUUUACUGCUAUUUAAUUGCAAAACGUUUACCCGUCGUAGAGAUGAUUCCAAAACUUUCAAAUCCAUCUUUCUAAUUAUCAGUCUGUCGUUUGGUUCGAAGCGGAGUGAAACUAUCUUCACAACUAUGGGAUGGAUUUCAGUGAAGCGGUCGUCAGACGUCUGUUCUCCUUCAGUUUGUCUCUCAGAUGAAAUAAAGACAGGGAGGAGGAAGAGUAUGAGGAGGAAGAGGGUCCCAGCAGCUCCGACCCCUAAUGACACAAACAGACAGAAUCUGCAGGGAUCUUAAAAUGUUGCGGAAUUUCUUUCUUUCUUUCUUUUUCCGAUUUUGGAUUCUGUUUUUUUUUUUUCCUGAUGGAAAACCUGAGGUCUUCUCUUCCAGAUUCAAACCGUCUUUUACUCUGUGACUCUUGUUAAAACACAAACCUCUGUUCUCUUAUUUCUUUUUUAGAAAUGUGUUGUAUGUAUGUGUUAUAGUAACUGGCCCCUCUCCUCCAUGUGACUGCAGGUUCCUGAGGGCUGCAGGGUGGCCGGGCGAUUUGAUUGGCUGGUGGAGGGCUCACGCUGAUUUGCUGAUUAUUGGUGGUGCGGGCACAAAGAGGAAGAGAGAGAGAGAGAAAUAGAUGAGGGGCGAGAGAGAGAGGUAGAGAGGUUAAGUGGGAGGGGGAGGCAGGUUUUGCACGUCUGCAUGCUUCACAUAUCCACGAUUGGCUGUUGGGGGUUAAGAGAGGAAGGAGGGAGGGAGGGAUGAAACAGGGUCAAUUAAUCAGAGGAGGGAAAAAUCCAGAGCUUCUUCUCUGUGGGCUGAAACGUUCAAGGAUUAUCUUUUGUUCUUCUUAUAGACACAUCCUCACCUGUGGCGUUACAUGUUGACGCCACUGAUCGGGAUGUGGCUAAACAGUCACAUGACGUGCAUGUGCUCCUGAAGGUUUCAGCUCACGGAGAGAAGUCCAAUAACAACCUCACGUCCUUCUGCAGAACUCUAAUGAGGCUCAGUGGCAAUUUUUCUCAAGCCUUAACUUUUAUUAACCGCUUGCCUCGGGUACGUUUCAGUCAUUCUUUUCUCUGUGGGAGCUGGCCAAAGUGUUGCAGGAAGUGGCCACCAUCAGAGUGGAUUCUCUUGCACUUAAAAUGAUACAUAAAGUGGUAUUCUGACAAGAAACCGUGAUCACCAGGUCCACUUGUUUAAGUGGAGCUGUUGAUGUCAUCAGCUCCGUGGGCGCACGCUUCGAUAAACACAGAGUAAAUCGACCUGGUGACGAGAAUUUGAUGUCAAACACUCAGUUUGUGUCUGUGGACCUUUCCUUUCCUUCAAUUGUCCAAAUAUGUUCUGACCAAUCCCUCACUUUUCUCCUCCCAACACUUUUAUUCCAGCUCCUGGUGCGAGAAAAAAACAAA